CUCCCGCUGGUUACUGGGAUCCCGAGACUUGCGCGUCUUUCUUUACCACACAGCCUCUGUCCCUCCCUCUUUCACUCUCCUUCUCUUCCUCAUACUCACUCGAAGCUCGAUCACUCCCUCAUACUGCUGUUCCCCUUAAAGCAGGGAAUAACGACGGGGCGGAGGCAGUAUUGGAUUGAUUUGCCCGCGGUGCGCAAAGUCAAUGGUCCACACCUGGAUGUGAGUUUGACGGAAAGGUUAAAGAGAGGUUGCUAUGCCAACAGAGCCUGGCCCUGAGUCAGAGGUGAAGAACGCAGCAGAAGUGUCCUCCCAGCAGAAGGGGGCAGCAGCAGGCAUGCAAGACUCUGCUUCAGACGGCAAGAUGGCUAAACAGGACCAGGACUCCAAACUGAUCGACGACCACAGGGAAACAGACGACGUGUCAGAGAAGACCACCCCAUGCAAGACCCCCAAGUCCCCCCAGAAGACUUCCAAACGGCCAAAGACUGUUCCCUUCAAGGUCACCCUACUGGACACCUCUGACUAUGAGGCGGGGAUUGAGAAGCACUGCAAAGGACAGGCCCUGCUGGACAAGGUGUGUGAGCACCUCAACCUCCUGGAGAAGGACUACUUUGGUCUGACAUUCAGUGAGGCGGACAGCCAAAAGAAUUGGUUGGACCCCUCCAAGGAGAUCAAGAAGCAGAUGCGCACUGCUCCCUGGCACUUUGCCUUCUCUGUCAAGUUCUACCCUCCAGACCCCUCCCAGCUCACAGAGGACAUCACCAGGUACUACCUGUGUCUGCAGCUGAGAGAUGACAUGUUGUCAGGUCGUCUGCCCUGUUCCUUCGUGACCCACGCCCUGCUGGGUUCCUACGCCGUACAGGCCGAGUUGGGAGACUAUGACACCGACGACCAUGGCCCCGACUACGUCAGCGACUUCCGCUUCGCACCCAAUCAGACACGAGAGCUGGAGGAGAGGGUCAUGGAGCUCCAUCGUAACUACAGGGGUAUGACUCCAGCUGACGCAGAAAUCAACUUCCUGGAAAAUGCUAAGAAGCUAUCCAUGUAUGGGGUGGACCUUCAUCAUGCCAAGGAUUCAGAAGGGAUUGACAUCAUGCUGGGCGUGUGUGCCAACGGGCUCCUGAUCUACCGCGACCGCCUGAGGAUCAACCGCUUCGCCUGGCCAAAGAUCCUUAAGAUCUCCUACAAGAGGAGCAACUUCUACAUCAAGAUCCGGCCUGGAGAGUACGAGCAGUUUGAGAGCACUAUUGGCUUCAAGCUUCCCAACCACCGGGCGGCUAAGAGACUAUGGAAGGUCUGCAUCGAGCACCACACCUUCUUCAGGUUAGUGUCUCCGGAGCCUCCUCCUAAGGGCUUCCUGGUGAUGGGCUCGAAGUUCCGCUACAGUGGGCGAACACAGGCCCAGACCCGGCAGGCCAGUGCCCUUAUAGACCGGCCCGCGCCACACUUUGAACGAUCCACCAGCAAGAGGUACCUGCUGUCCCGCAGUCUGGAUGGAGCAGAGUUCUCCCGGCCAGUGUCGGCCAUGUGUGAGAACCAGGAUGGUCUGUCCCGGCGCUGUGUCAGUGAACACCCCAACCUCCACAGCCCCUCUGGGGAUGAACAGGAGACUGAACUGGAACCACCCAGUCUGGAGCAGGACCAAGAGGACCAUGAGGAGGAUCGGGAUGAGGAACGGGAUCCUGAGGAAGACCAGGACCAAGAGGAGGCGGGUGUCACCACCCCCAGCAAGAAGAAGGAGAUCAAGUUUUUGGACAAGUCGGAGGAUGUCUUAUUGAAGCACCAGGCCAGUAUCAAUGAGCUGAAGAAAGCUCUGAGGGGACCCAACAGCAAGCUGACGAACCGUGAGAAACGUCUGUCAGGAACGCCCCCAGGCGGCACGCCCGAGAGGAAGGCUAGGGAACACUGGGAGAGGAGGCCUCGGCCGGGAUCCACCUCGGAGGAAGACCACGAGCGCGACACGGUGGUCUUCAUGAAAGAGACCCAGUUGGGCAUCGAGAGGAAGUGCUCCAGCAUGACGGUCAGCUCCACGUCCAGCCUGGAGGCCGAGGUGGACUUCACCGUCAUCAUGGACCUCCACACGGGCGUGGAGGAUUUCUCCAAGGGCCUGUCUGAGCUGGGGGAGAGGGAGUGGUUGCCCGAGCGGCUGCCCGAGGUGGGCCGGGACGACUUUGAGGAGACCUCCAGGUUCUAUUCGGCCCGUCUCAUGGGCUCCCAUGACAUGUCCGCUGUAGAGGAGAUGCCCCCUGUGCACCGUGAGGAACGUGUGCGCCAUGAGCCCCCAGUAGCCAGGAAAGACCCCAGUGCUGUUAGCGCUGCCCAGAUGCUGAGGAAGGCCGACACUAAGAUGGAGACACAUACCAAUGGGUCAGAGGUCACCAGCACCAACAUCAUGGACAUGUCCGAGCAGCAAAUGGAGGCUGACAUCAACUGUAACGAGACAAAGGUCUCCAGCAGCACUGACGUGGCUAAGCCACCAGAGGGCGACCUGAACCAGAACCAGGAAGUUGGCAGUAGGAAGGAAGUUCCUCUCCCCAGUAUAGAAAAUGGCUCCCAUGUGAAGGCGGGCACCCUGGGGAGAGAGGCCGUAGUGUCCCCGCUGACUGUCACCGCCGACAAUGUCACCUCAGCAACCACAACUCAAGUUACCAAGACAGUGAAAGGUGGCUACUCCGAGACCAGGAUUGAGAAAAGGAUCAUCAUCACGGGAGAUGAUGACGUGGACCAGCAUCAGGCCCUUGCCAUGGCGAUACAGGAGGCCAAGCAGCAACACCCCGACAUGCUGGUGACAAAAGCAGUGGUUGUCAGGGAAACAGAGUCUCCCACUGAGGAGCAACAUAGAAAAUCGGAGGUGUGUGGAGCUGCAAUGUAAACAUCACUGUCAAGACACCAUAGUAUUGCCUCGAUAAUCCUGAUAACCCAUGGUGGUUCCUGGGAGUGGGGACAGGAGCCCAUCAACUCCCUGACUCCCACUCCACCGUUGCAAGAGGACUACAGUAACCUACCCACAGUGUAUACUACAAUACAAUAGACAGCUCUCCUUGAAAUAAUUUCCGUCUCCUCUACUGUCCCUUUAGCCAGAACCGACUGUGACGCCGCCUCUGACCCAUCCUCACCCACCAACCACUCUUCCUCUGGAAAAUGCCCUAGAAAAUGCCCGGUGUUUGUACAGUAGACCCCCAUGAGGACUGACUCAUGGUUUGUAAAGAAUAGGGCUACAGGUGUAGGAUCUUAAUUGUGUGUGUCUGUGCACGCAUAAUGAAGUUCCUACACCUGUAUUUGGUCGCGAAUGGGGCUGUUUAGCUCUGGGAUCUGUGAGAGAUCAGUAUAAUGGUUCUGGUAUUUUACAUCCCCAGACAGACUCUGUAUGUACAGUACAAACAUAAUGGCAUGUUAAUGGUUCAUCACCUCUGAUCAGCAUAGUUCAAUUAAAUUAUUAGCGAUCACGAUGUAAUCCACAAAAAAAACGGAUCGACAUUUCCCCAGAACACAUUGACUUACCUGUAAGUACCGAUCAUUUAUUCUUAAGGAACUCAAUAGCCCACCCCCACAAAUUGCAGUCAUAUAUGGUCACCAUGGAGAUGCCUGCUCUGUGCUGACAUCAUGCAUGAAGCAUGGGGACUGGGUGAGUGGAGUGUGAGGAAGGGGUUUGGGGGGAGGGGUGCUCUGCAGGGGCCGGUAGUGAGGGUCAGCCUUUAAUGCUUGUUGUCACCAGCGUGACACAUAUAUAGUCAACAGCUGUCUUACUAGCUUUUUAAACAUUUUUAACAAUAGAACAAUCUAAUUUAAAGUCCAGUGUUUGCUUAUCUCCUGAAAAAAAAAGUGUGUCGAUUUAGCGUCUCAUACUCACAUGCAUGAUUCUAAGUAGUCGAGGGAAUGAACGAUACGAUACAGAGCUGUCGUGGAACUGACAUCCACAGGAAGUGCUCAAGGAGGAUUCUGUGGAAUAUACUUCUGCGGCGUGUAGACACUGCAUGUCAAACAAAGCUGACGGGCCUAUACUGAUAGGAGAGUCAACGGAAGAAAUACGUGGACAGACACUUCUACAACAUCAAGAGACUAUGAGUUGGGACUCCGCUUGACAUUCAGGGUGCGUUACUACUCCAGGCUCUGACGCUCGUUCUCUGGAUUAUAACGAACAGAAUCCUUCCACACCCCCUUCUGUGCUCCUCUGCUCAUCCUGUUCUCCUUCACUCAUCAUACUGUUAUACUUUUAGUCGCAAAUGCUGGUCGCGUAGGGCAAAAGUCAAAUCAUACCCAUUUCCCCAUGUAGUGUACUACUUUGGUCAAAACUAGUACACUCUACAGGGAAAAGGGUGUCAUUUGAGACAAAGCUAUAGUCUGGUCAAAUGAGCAGUUUUAAUAUAAUGUUUUACAGUAUCUAAUUUUAUGAAGUGUGAGGAUAUGUUUGAUUUGGAUUUUUUUUUCAACUUUUCUUUUUAAGUUAUGGUGUGUGAGUUCAACAUUUGUAUUUAUAAGAGUGGUGGUGAAUGUGAGCCGGCGGGUUUCUUGCCUUCCCUAAAAAUGAUUAUUAAGUGUGGGAUUCCUUUUUCUGUUACCUUCACAGACAAAGCCUGGAUGCAUAGUGUGACACGUUUUAAGGCCAAACUCCCAUCACCUUCGACAGAUAGACAGGCGGUGAACCUGUUCCAGAACACCUAGCAAAGGCCUCCGUAGCCCUGCCUGGCCAAAUCUGUAUACUCUCUGGAUAAUAACUCUAAAGCUAUAUUCAACAGCUGCGUAUACAUUCAUCAGUCAGUCAGUCUGAAAAAUCAACAGAAACGAUAUGCUGGAACAAACUGUUGAAUAAAUACUAUGCAUUGUUUCCUGUGCGGACUAACUUUGAAAAUAUUACAGAGGAGAACCCGAUUCAUUUUAUGGUGUGCCGCUCUGCUCUCAUCUCCUACAGUAUAUGAUAUUGUUUAUUACAGCGGUCAAUCUUAACUGCUUGUGAGACUUGCAAUAACCGUCUCUUUUUGUAGCCACCUCGCUAUUGUAAUCCAUUAUCAAUCUAUUUAAAAGAGAACUGUGAGCUCUUAUGCAUAUAAAAAGCACUACCAAAACCGUUCCAAGAUGGAGUUGAAUCUAAAGUUGAGUUCUGCCACCGUGUUCCCAUGGCUUUGUUACCGUGCUUGGCCUAGUUACUCCACUCUCACUUCACCCUGAAGUAACGGAGAAGAUCCUUCGGGACUUGUCUUAUCUGCUGUAGAGUUCAGUCGCUGUGAACAGAGUCCCUAACAGUUAUUUUGUAUAUUUUAUUUCAUUUUAUCUGGUCAAAUGACACUGGAUUCAUGUUAAGGCACUUGCUUGCAGUGAUAGACAGCAACGAUAUUGUUAGGAAUGUGUGUUUUCUCUAUUACUGGACACACACCUCUGAAAAUGAUUACUUGCUGUACAGUAUAGACAUUGAGAAAGAAGUUGCUCUGUAUAUCUUGAUGUGCUGUUUUGAAGGGUGGGAGGCAUAUUGUAUGUAUGAACAUAAAUACUUCUAUGUGUGCAUUUAGUUACAAAUAUACUGGAAGAGUGGUAAUGAGGUUGUGCGCAUUUUGUAAUAGAGGAUUCACAAAUGUGCAAUGUUACGACUACAGACUAAGUGUAAGUGCUAAUACAGUGCACUUGUUAUACUGAAACCAUGGAAGUAAUUAUUUAGCCUACCUUUGUGAUCUACUGACCUUUCAGCCAUCCACUCUCCAUGUGGUGUUGAGGUCAUGACCUCUUCUUAGAAGAACUGGGUAAUACUAUAGAUUAGCUAUGAUACACUGUUUCAGUGGUAGGAAUAAUACGAAUUGGAACACAAAUAUAUUGAAGAGCAGAAAGAUGACAAACAAUCACAGGCCCCAACAUGACAGACCUAACUGGCUGAUUCCAUAGGCUCACAUGAGGCACUGUCCAUCCCACUCUUCUUCUUCCACCCUUCAAUUCACCUCAACCUGUUUGUUCUACAUUCCCCCUAGUGCUUGGUGGUGUGUGUUUGCUGUAUUUGCGUUCAGUCUAAAUGGAAAACAUACAUACGUAAAUAAAUAAAUGUCUCAAUGCUA